CACGGAGACGACGAAAAUAUCGCCGCCCACCGCUCACCCUCCGCAGAAAAUCUUCCACGGCGAUACAACGACGAAAGCGCUGGUUAGCGAGCCGACAGCUCUGGAAGAUAAACCUGUCACGAGCUUUUGCGACACGUGUACAGUGGACACCUGUCCCCUUCCGCAAGCAAAAGAAAAAGUUUCCUACGCAGUCAUAUUUAUUGGGGGAAACGAAAUGACAAUAAUAGAGACAGAAAACACCCGCGCUCCCUUCUAGGCUGAAAGUAAGAAAGAGAGUGCGUGAGUUCUGCUGCAAGAAGCGAGUUGGGGGCGAGCUGAGGCCUGAGUGUGGGGAAAGUGAAGAAAAGGAAAGGAAGAAUUGAGGUUUGAGGAGCAAAAAUGGAGGGCGAGCCGACUCGGAUAAUGAUCGCGGUGAACGAGUCAUCAAUCAAGAAGUAUCCGCACCCGUCCAUCAGCUGCAGGGGAGCUUUCGAGUGGACUCUGGAGAAGAUCGUCCGCUCCAACACUUCUGGAUUCAAGCUCCUCUUCCUCCACGUCCAAAUCCCCGACGAGGAUGGUUCGCUGCUCUCUCUCUCUCUCUCUCUCUUGCUCUCUGAGCUCUUUUAGCACUGUUGAUGUGAUAGAGACAUAGAUUUCUUAGCUUGCUUUUCUCUUUCGCUGGUCUCUUGCUCAUUUCUUUGCUUGGCUGAGCUUGAUUGAUCGCGUUCUUGAAGUGUGAUCUUAGGGUUUCGAGAAGUGGCGUUGAUCUUAGGGCUCUCUGUAACGGUAGCGUCCCUGUCAUAGUUAACUAGCUGCUUGAAUUGGUUCAGAGAGAGGUUAAGGUCUGGGUGUUUAUCAAGAAUUGACUUCAAGAGAGCUUUGAUUUCUUUAGAAUGGAAAGCACCAGAAAGAGAUUAUAGUUAACAUUAGCUUGAACAACUCGCCGUUAUCAAUUGGUUCUUGAUCCUCCCGUCCCUUCCAUUUACCCAUCAGUUUGAUUGUUUGGGAGUUCUAUCCGGUGUCAUUUGCUGGUAUUCAGAAAUUGAAUUGAAGAAGAAGAAGAAGAAGAAGAAGAAGAAGAAGAAGAAGAAGAAGAAGAUGGGGGAAAUGAUUGACUAGUGGAAGGAUGUUAGGUUUUGUUUGCGUUAGUAGGGUAAAUUAUACUACCAUUAAUGUUGAACUGUAUCUGUUUGCUAAGAUGUGGUGUUGACUGUUGAGAGACUGGGAUGGAUCAUGGAUGGAUGCUUGAUUGAAGCUUCUCAAAACAUUUUCCAUGGCUAGGUUUUGAUGACGUGGAUAGCAUAUUCGCAUCUCCUGAUGAUUUCAAGCAAAUGGCUCGUAGGGACAAGGCUAGGGGUCUUCAUCUGCUAGAGUAUUUCGUGGAUAGGUGCCAUGAGCUUGGGGUUGCCUGUGAGGCCUGGAUUAAGAAGGGUGAUCCGAAGGAGGUGAUCUGUCGCGAAGUGGACCGUGUUCACCCGGAUUUCCUGGUCGUUGGAAGCCGGGGUCUCGGCCCUUUCCAGAGGGUGUUCGUUGGGACAGUGAGUGAGUUUGCCCAGAAACAUGCCGAGUGCCCCGUGAUCUGUAUCAAACGCAGAGCUGAUGAGACCCCUCGGGAUCCAGUUGACGACUGAUGUCCGCAUGCAAUUGUUCUUUCUCCGUGUAUGAUCGAUUCUGAUACUGUAAGAUUGCGGUUUUCAGCGUGUGAAUGAAAGAUUGAGAGCAUAUGAAGUGGAUGGACUGAGUGUUAGUUCUUGGUAGUAUGGAAGAUGAAAGACCGGUAAUUCUUUUGUUCUUUUGGUGGAACAGUAAUCCUGGAAUUCGGCUCGGAAUUUUCUCUGCUUCCUGUCUUGUAUAAUACCAUUGCCUCACUAAAAACAAUAUCUAGCGGAAGAUCAGUAAUUGAACUAGACUAGACGUUCCUCCGUUGAUGAUCAGAAGAACUUAAAAUGAAUCCCCUAGUGCCAAAAAUUUUACAAAUAAAUUUUACCAUAGAUUAAGCUCUUAGUUAAUUUCCCUUUGUAUUAGCUUUGUUAAGA